UAUCUACGGGAACGCGCUCCGUGACGUCAGAGAUCCCCGUGAGCGCGCACGGACAAGGGCCGAGAUUUACGGUGCGCCCGUGGGCCUGUGUCCGUGACAGCGCGCUACCGCGUCACCUAUAACCGUAAAAACAACGCGGGACCAGAACAAAAACCCAUAAUAAUAAACGGUUCGAACCACCAGGGCGAGUGCGCAGGAGCGCGCAUCGCGAACCCGCUUCGCUGAAGCGGAAUAAUAACAAGGAUGUUCUGUGGACCAUCAACAUCGCCACCGGGAGCGCGCAGAGUUUCUAGAACAGGCUGAGACCGGACGUGAGAGCGCACAGACCAGAGGAGGAGUCUGCAAAGCGGAGACCAACCUGAUUGGUGAAACCACCUGCCCGUCAAAGAGGUGUCCGUGAAACAUACACUCAUCUGAUUGGUGGAACCACCUUCCCAUCUGUAUCAUUGUUUACAGACCUCAUCUGUCACAAUCCAGCGAGGAUGUCCAGUGACCCGCCGCCGCCGUACCCAGGGGGUCCCAGUGCGCCCCUGAUCGAGGAGAAGAACGGGCAACCGCCCGUCUCUGGCAGUGCUCCAGGGCCGACGGCACCCCCUCAGGGACAACCCAUCCCACCCGAGUACAGCCCGCCACCCUACGAGUUCAACCCGCCCAUGGGCUUCUUACCCCCGCACGUCCCAGGAGAGGGGCCUAUGCCAUACCCCCAGGCCACAUACUACGCACCUGGGCCCUAUCCCCAACCCAUGCCGGGACAGUAUGGGCCCUGCCCCGGUCAGUUCCCUCCCCCGGGAGGCCACACGGCCACAGUGAUCGCACCCCCUGGGGCUGCCACAACGGUCACGGUACUCCAGGGAGAGAUGUUCCAGUCGGCGCCGGUGCAGACGGUCUGUCCGCACUGCCAGCAGGCCAUCGUCACGUCCAUAUCACACGACGUGGGUCUCAUGAACAUCCUCUUCUGUCUCUUCUGCUGCUUUGUGGGAUGCGACGCCGGGUGCUGCCUAAUCCCUUGCUUCCUGAACGACCUCAAAGAUGUGACACACACCUGUCCGUCCUGCAAGGGCUACAUCUACACAUACAAGCGUGUGUGCUAACAGCGCCACAACCACAAUGCCCACACCCAGACACAACAGCGUCCUCACCGCGUCCCCUGCUGGAAGGUUGUAGUCUACUCCGUGGUAGCCGCUUUUCCUUUCCUUUUACGUUCUCUGCUCAGAGCGGCGUGCGUUGUGCACGUUGACAGUGGGCACGUUUUGUACACACUCACCAACCAUGUAUAUAUAUAUUUACACACUCAUAUUUUUGUACAGGAAGAGCUGUUUCGUUUGGCUGUGGGCACAAGACUAACACUGGACAGGAGUCACGUAGGAAUGAGAAAGCAGAAAAUGCGGGAACAGGGAAACUGAACUGUCACAGAGUCAGCAGUUCAGUAGUUUUGAAAUGUCCAUUAAUUCACACGCGUGAAUUUUAAAUACGCUGGGGAACAGCACGUGAACGCGGUUACUGUGAAACUCGGGGAGGGAGCCUAACUUCGUAUCAGUGUUACUGAAAUCAUUUUUGUAACUUAUUUUCUAAUUUAUUUUAAAAAAUUCAUAUUAAAAUCAGGGUCUGGUUUUAGUUAGCGUGUGACAUACAUGUUUUCUUUCCAUUUUAAUAUGUAGCGUGUCUCGAGCAGUCCGGUACAGUUCUGAUAAAUCAACUCACAACAGCUGACAGAGAGAAAUGUUGAAAAACUUAUGUAAAAGGAGUUUAUAUUGGAUGCCUAGUAUAAGUGUUUUUCUCUCCCUAUCAUUUAAUCUGUUGAUGUACAUAACGAAGGUCCCAUUUAAUGUGUACACUGCUGAACUGUAUGUGUUGUAAUGUGCAUGUGCUCACAUACCAUCCUACCCUGGAGUCCAUCUGACAUGCUCUCUCUUUGUUGACUGUGCCCGUCCGUUCUCUGCAUUAACCUUGAACUUAAUGCUAAUGUCACACGUGAAGUACAAGUACAUCAAAACUUUACUAUUAAAUUUAAGCUGUAGUCUUGACUGUUCUGCACUUUAUUUAGAAUUAUUAUUUUUAAGAGUAGUACUACUUUGUAGCUUUGAAAGCCCCCACCCCUACUAGAGAUAGUUUCAAACCCCAAAUAUUAAGAGUUCUGCAUUACAAACAUCCUGAAAGUCGGUUCUUGCUGAUAGGCUGAUUGAAAUAUUGUCACGUUCCACAGAUCUAGAUGAGAGGUUGUGAAGAUGCAGAUGAUUUUGUUGUUCUGGCUUGUUAAGUAACAAAUGGUCAGAGGAGGUACUUAAUAGUGUGGGGUGGGGUGGGUUGUUAUUUGUGCAAAAUCCUGUGCCAGUGAUGAAAAAAAAGAUCAAACCCCACAUGGGGUCCAAGCUGCAUGUUGUGUGGUGUUUGAUAGAGGAGAAAGUCAAGAGCUCUUUACGAGAAUGAGAUGGAAAGGAACGGCAGGGUCGUUUUAGUCACUGAUGUGGCUUUAAAACACCAUCACUAGGGAGUAAGUGGUGAUCUAUAAUUUAUAACUUGAAAUGGGCAGCUUCUGCUCCCAGCCUCUGACUAUUCAACGCUUGGCAAUCUCUUUACCAAGAAAAGGCACACAACAUUUUUUUCAGAUGUCACAGAACAUCAGUAAUACAUCAGGUACACAAGUGUCAGUGAGGUAUAGUGGCACAGUGAGCAGCAGUCCAUAUAUUUAUUUUCACUGGUGGAGAGGCAACACUGUGAAGGAGAACAUCUGAAAGUGACAAGGUGGUAGUUUUAGUCAGCACGACUGCUUGACAAACGAUUGGAUCACGUGCUACACCUGAUGUGUACCAGUGUUAAAUUUAGGGUUGCUGUUAGAUUCUCCUUUAUUUGCAUCUUCAGAUAACUGUUAAAACCAUCCAUCUACUUUAGAGAUCCCACAAAGAAACCAGUCCUAAACAGUCUAUAAACUUGUGGAUCUUUAAACAUGAAGGCUCUUACCUGUUAGUAGACUGGUAAAAUACUUGAUUCAUUGUGUGUCAAAUGCCUAAAAAAAGGCAGAUUUUUUACAAAGUGCAUCGUGCUUUCUAGAUAAAGGUCGACUUUUCAGGGUGAUGCCAAUUAAAAGUAGCAGCCAGCACAAUCUUGCAAGGCUAGUCCCGCAGUUAUCUGAGGUGAAUGCAGACCAUUGGGAAUCCUGUAAAAGUCUGUUCCUACAAUCGUCCGCCAGUGCAUGUGCGAGCUUACUGUCAAGUGUCUGCAAUUCGAGGCUGGUGCGCUUUGAACUCAUGCCCUCUAAAACCUUCUACAUGCAAUGCUAAGUGGGUGAAGGUGGUGUGAGAAGUGUGCAAGCUAACAUGCCAGUUGAGGAGGUGCUGCAGGAUUAUGAAAAGGGAAAGAGUUCACCUUCUGUACAACUUAGUCC